AUAGCCGACUUGCAGCGUAGUUAAAGCCUCACUCGACGUCAUUCCUCUUCGGGGACAACUGUGGUGGCAGCGCUAUUACUCUGUUAUUCACCACCACACGGCAAUUUUUAUUCUCUCGCUUAGCCCGAAUCAACGCCAUUGCUGAACGGCACGACUCCUUGUAGCCUAUUCAAGAAACAGGGAAUUAAAGUGCAAGUGUAAACGAGAAAGACUUUAAUCGUUAGUCUAACGUUACCGUCGCUUGCCUCGGAACCAACACUUCACAUUAAGAAAGAUUCAUCCUGAUGCUUCAUUUUAAACCUCCGUUGGAACUAUAUGUGAUAUAUGUUGGGUAAAGGUGCAAAGCGGAAGCUGGACGAGGAUGAAGAGGGGCUGGAAGGCAAAGCGCUGGCGGUGCUGUCCCACAGGCGUGUCGCCCGUCCCAGCGGUGCCCCCAGGCCCGUCCUUCCCUCGUGACCAGGGCGGCACGGUCAUGCGUGACACAGCUCCAGCCAGACCAUCUUCAACAUCUCGCUGCUGAAGCUGUACAGCCAGCGGGCGCUGACCGAGCCCAGCCUGCAGCGGCGCGUGCUCAUCAACAACAUGCUGCGCCGCAUCCAAGACGAGCUCAAGCAGGAGGGCGCGCUGCGGCCGCUGCCCUUCCCCGCGCCCUCGCCGGUGCCCGCCGCCGCCGCCGCGCCGCACGACCACCAUCCGUUGGACGAGGGCUUCCGCCAGGCGUCCUCCUCGCCCACGCCCGCCGCCACGGCGGCAGGAGCGCCUUUUGGGGUGUUGUCCUCGGGCCAACGGGACCCCGAUUUUGCGGCCCCGGGCCGCGAGGGCGGACCUGACCCCGCCUCCCUGCUGGAGGAGGACGCAGGGGCUUUUGGAGCCUUGCCUCCACCCCCUGCCCCCUCGUUGGUGCCUCCCUCGUCAACAUCCUCCCCCUCCUCCUCGCCCCUGCUCAUGGGCGCCCCCUGUAGACCCCUCCGAGACAGCUUCUCCUCAGCGCUGGACGAGAUCGAGGAGCUCUGUCCGUCGGCGGCGGUGGCGGCAGCCGCCCACAUGACUACCUCCCUCUCCCCCUCACCUCUCUCCGUCUCCUCAGCGUCCUCACCCCCCACCUCCCCGUCCCUCUCUGCCUCGUCCCUGCACCUCACGCUCACCCCCGCUCUCGUCCCCUCCCUGGCCCUGUCGGCCUCGGACUCCAAAGACUGCGGCAAAGUAAGCAGCCCAAAGCCCGACGUCGUCCCAAUGGACACCCUUCCCCCGGCCGAGCUGGACAUGACCACCUCCCCUUCCUCCUGCACCUCCUCCACCCCAUCAUCCUGCACCACUUCGUCGUCGUCCUCCUCGGGCUUCCUUACGGACUUGGCCCUGGACGACAUCCUGUUCGCCGACAUCGACACCUCCAUGUAUGACUUUGACCCGUGCACGUCCACCUCGGGCGGCGCCGGAGCCUCCAAACUGUCGCAGGUGGUGACGGCCGACGACCUCCUCAAGACGCUGUCGUCGCCGGGGGUGACGCCCAGCCAGCCUUUCAAAAUGGACCUGACCGAACUGGACCACAUCAUGGAGGUCCUCGUUGGCUCAUGAUAGUCUAUGGGAUUGGUGUUGUGCUGAGUUUGGACAUAGCAAAACACAAAAACUCACAUACAUAGAUAUACAGACACAGAGACAGACAUUCACAUCAACACAAAGCGUAAAAGCAAAACAAAUCAAAGAUUAUUCUUUUUUCGACGAAAACUGUACACUUUUAUGUUUUGGGCUCGUUUUGUUGAUGAGGCAGUUGUAAUAACAAAUGAUGAUGUCACCUAAUACUACUUCACAACACUGUGCAUGCACUUGCCUUUCCCUAACUGAGGGAGGAAAAAAAUACAAACCAGAACCGGAAGAAAGUAAGGAACACGCUUCGCUUUCUCGCAAAAUCCAGUGCCUUCAUCAUCAUUUGACCAGUCGGUCAGUUCCUGCUGUUUGACCAUCCCUCUCCAUACACAGCUCCACCUGCUUUGAAAAGACACAUGGCCGUGAAGAUAACCUUUCUCUAACAAACGCAAAUCCCUUCCUAGGAUACCCUCUGGUUUUCUCUACUGGUGCAAGUAACGAACACAAUUUCAUACCCUCCUCUGGCGUUAUCUUUUUCUUUCUCUACAAAGCACAAUUUUUUAAAGAAAAGUGUGUUUGUGUGUGUGUGUGUGUGUGUUUAUGUGUGUGUGUGUCUGGGUAAGUGUGCGUAUGAUUGUGUCGUGUAUGUAAAUAUACUUUUAAUCUAUUGUUUUUGUAUUUUUUGUAGUCCUGCUUCUCUCUGUAGCCACUGGUCCACUCCAGUAACGACUCUGAGACAGCCCCAAAAUGUAAUCCAAUGUUCUCCCUUACAUGGACUGAAGAUGUAUGUGUGUAUUGUUUUUUUUUUUUUUUUUUUUU